UUUUUGUUAUUAUUGUAGAUAUCAGAACUUAACUUUUAUGUUACCAAACUCGAUGCACACAGAAAACAUCCUGUUUUAUCUUAUCAUCAGUUCAAAGACUCCAGCGAAUUAAUGAAAAUACGAAACGAGAGCCCGCGCUCCUCUUCAUCUUCCUGCAGGAAUCCGCUCGUCGUCUGACGUCAUCUCCGUCGGCGGUUUGGAGAACGGAGGUUACGUGUCGCGGACGCGCCAGAUGAAAGCUCAAUACUCAGCGCGGCCAAUCGCCGGGCGCGUCGUAGGAACUCCAGCGAAACGUGUUGCCGUCGCCGUCGUCUCGUCGUCGGCUGAGUCGGCUCCCGCCAGUCGAGUCGCGUCCGCCGAAGUGUGAACGUGGUUCCCUCGUAAUCGGCCGAUUAACCCCUCGGAUUUUUCAUCCGUAAACGCGACUCUUUCUCGAGGCGAAAAAAAUGGCCUGCAACAGAGCUGCCAAAUCUGGAUUUGCCGCGGAGGCACAAAGAAAGAUCAAUAGUAAGUACAGCGCGGAACUCGCGCAGGAAUGUUUGGAAUGGAUCAAGACAAUCACUGGCGAAAAUAUAAACACCAAUGGGGACAUGGACAACUUCUACGAGAUCCUGAGAGAUGGCAUCUUACUUUGCAGAUUGGUGAAUGACAUCAAGGAGGGCUCGGUGAAGAAAAUUAACGAGACGUCGCUGGCCUUUAAAUGCAUGGAGAAUAUAAAUGCCUUCCUGGAGGCUGCGAAAUCAUUAGGUGUUCCGCCGCAAGAGACCUUCCAGACCGUAGACCUCUGGGAAAGGCAGAAUCUAAAUUCCGUUGUUAUUUGCUUACAAUCUCUUGGAAGGAAGGCGGGUAACUACGGCAAACCAAGCAUCGGUCCUAAAGAAGCAGAUAAAAAUAUACGCAAUUUCACCGAGGAACAAUUGAGGGCCGGACAGGGCGUGAUAAGUCUACAAUACGGCAGUAAUAAAGGUGCUAAUCAAAGUGGCAUUAAUUUCGGGAACACAAGACACAUGUAAAACAUCCACCUCCGCAUUUGCGUUGAGAAACAAAACCAUUCUGUUCUCAUCUCUCUUCUGAUUUUAUUCCCGUACAAGUACUCCUCUAGAUGUAGCGUAACGCAUAAUAGAUGUUAACGAGGUCCAAAAUAAAAAGUAUACUGAAUGA